CGACAGGCGCGCGAAUUUGAAAAAUUCGGGCCUAUUUUCCGUGUUUCGUCGAAAAUUGGGAGUCGAAAGUGGGAAACGCAGCGGAUGUGGCCAAGUUCCUAUUUGGUACCCAGGGUGCCCGUGACCACGAAGAUGGAUGAUGGCGAGCUAGUUGAGCUUGCCGAGGGGUGCACAUCACGGAGUACAAUUUGCACGACGGCCGGAGUACCGUUUCCGGGGUUGACGCCGUCAAUGAUGCCGCAGGAUAUACUGGGGCAGCCAAAUCCGAACGAGCCGACGAACCGUGAGGUGGACCAUUGCAGAAGAAGCUGAAAUCGGAGACUACAUAUCAGGAUUGUCAUCUCCGUCGAUCAGGAUUGAAAGCUCCGUCGAACUAUGCACUCAUGACGUCCAAGCAAAUCGAAAAGGACCUGCUCCGUGGUCGGUUUUAUCGCGUGCUUCAGCUGCCCAGCAGUAUCGGAGUUCCGUAAUUACUUCGGAUCUUGUACUAACCUGGUUUCUGACCCUACUCUUCUAGGUCGUCCAGGUCGUCCUUUUCCAGCUGACGGAUCAGAUCAAGGUCAAGAUCAAGGAACAGUCUGGAGAAUGUGGAAUGUUCCGCCAAGAUGUUCAAUCCGCAUUGAGACAUUUCGGCCGAUUCGAUGAUGGUGAUCGAAACGCACCGCCGACGUCAUCUGGCCUAUCGGAUGCCUAACAGGGUGAACUGGUCGGCAAUUCGGAAGCCGGAUCGAACCUUUCCAACAACACUGGCCUGCCAACUGGUCAAAAAGUCCAAGUAGAUGCUGCAGAUAAUUCUGAUGAUUCUUUCACGAAAGCUAGAUGCCAUUCAAAAGCUGUCCUCGAACGCCGUGGUGUGCAACGCCUCGGCGACAGCUGCAGCCGCUGUCCAGAAGUGGCCCAUCUUAGCUGAUUAUUAUUGCUUAUUUCUGGGGGAAGAGUGCUCGUCACAAGUCGGCCGACGGGUGUGGGAAUCAAUACUGGUAUUUGAACCAACCGGCGUCGAGAAUAUUAGGACAAUUCGCGGUUCUCAAGCUGUGCGAUUUAUUUAUGAAACUUACAGCAGCUUUGACCCGCCCGUGUGGAUCAAUCGAACCGCGCACUGGACUCCAAUCCAGAGGUCGCCGGUUCGAAUCCCGCGGCGGGCGCUCUAAAAUUCUUUGUGUAAAUAUGGGUAUUCGGCGCCGUCGCUCCGUGCCAUACUCUCGUACACUUAGGAGCCCAGGGCGGCGAAGUCCUUGUAGAUAAAAAGGAAGACACUAGUGGUUGGUACUAGCAAUGGUGGCCGACAGCUAUAAAGUCAACUUCGUUUUU